AUGGCCGAAUCAGCUAUGAAGGGGAAAAUCAAUGUCAACGAUCCGGUCGUGGACUUAUUCAACCAACUUCCGCCGCUGCCGUCACCGCUGCCGAAGAAGCAUAAGGACUUCGUGCACAGUCAACCCAUUCAUAAACCCAUUCAAAGGCCUGAGUACCGCAAAUUCAGUGUCUUCACAGCAGGAAGCAUAGAGAUGGGAAAUGCAGUAAUGUGGCAGGAGCAGAUGGCGCAAAUGCUGUCCGACUUACCCAUCAGCGUCUGCAACCCCCGCGGGCGCGAGUGGAAUGCCGCCAUCACUCCAGACGCCCAGUAUCAGGAAUUUAGGGACCAGGUUGACUGGGAGCUCGAAGCGCUGGAGCAAGUCGACGUCAUCGCCUUCUUCUUCGACGUCAAGACAUCAAGUCCCGUCUCGCUGCUCGAGUUGGGUCUGUGGGCGGCGUCCGACAAAGUCGUUGUCUGCUGUGGUAAAGAUUACUGGAGGCAUGGCAACGUCAAAAUAACUUGCGAGCGCUACGAUGUUCCCAUGGUCGAAUCAUUCGCUGAUUUGGUGCCUGCGGUUAAGAAUAUGCUUCACGCCAAGGGUAUGCAGCUUGAUGACAACGGCGAUUUGAUCGGACCAAAUGUCCAUGUCACCAAGGAGAAGCCGAAGAAGAAGACGCAACUGGAGGCGGAGAAGGCAGAGCUGCAGAGAGAGAUUGACUCUCUACGGGCAGAACUGUCGGCAAAGUCCAGAAUCUGACCUAGUUCACUUGCUGGCGCUUACGGUGGAGACUAGACUGGGCGGUUAUUUGGACAUUGGGUGGCAUUCUAUUUUGAGUGUUUUGGAUCAUGCUAGCAUGAUUGUAUGUGAUAUCCGACAUAGACUUAUGUAUGUUAUGACUAGCUUUGUCUUGUCAUGCUUGUUCCCUACUCUACGGUGAAAGUACUGCUGCGGAUUAGAAAUCCCCUCGACCUUUUUUCUGGAGAUGUAGUCUUUGGAAUGCCUCAAAUAGAAAACAAUAAACAGAACACCUCACA